CUGCAGAGGAAACAGACAUUUCAGGGAGCAUAAAAGAAGAAGGAACACAAUUAGAAAAAGCAGAGGACCUCCCUCCUUCUCAUUCUGCAGCUCCUGUGAGAGUCAGCAACCCAGAAGUAUUAUCUAAGCUGCCACAGUAAAUCUUGACCUUUUAAACAGAGUAUCUCUUACCAUCAUCAUGGCCGAGAUAACAGCAGAAGGACACAUGUCUACAACCACGACGAUAAUCAAUGGCAAGAACGGAUCCGUUCCUUCAUCAUCCAUGAAAGUGGGAAAGAAGUCAGUGACAGAAGACCUCGUGACAACAUUCAGCUCACCAGCAGCAUGGCUUCUUGUUGUUGCUCUGAUUGUUACCUGGUCAGCAGUAGCUAUUGUAAUGUUUGACUUGGUGGACUACAAAACCUUAGCAGGAAGAUCUGUUCACAAGCUCAGCACAGAACCACUGAGAAUCAUUCAUGAGACACUGGAAGAGUCUUCUGAUUGGAUUUAUGGCUUUUUUUCUUUACUGUCUGACAUCGUAUGGAGUGAUGAUGAUGAUAGUGAUGAAGGCGAAGUGGAACCUUCCGUGAAAAAAGAAAUUCAAAAAGAGAAAAUGGAGAGACCUGAAAAACGAACACCAGCGAAGGCAAUACAAAGAGACAAACCUGAGAAACAAGAAAAAAUUGAGAGGAAGGAACCCCCAAAGGUGACAAGUAAAGAUAAACUGGAAAGACAAGAAAAACCCGAAAAAAAGGAAAGGCAUGCAGCUGUUCACAAAGAGAAACCUGAAAAGCCAGAAAAACAAGAAAAGAAAGCACCAUCUAAAGUAACUCAAAAAGAUGCACCUGAAAGACAUGAAAAAGCUGAAAAGAAACCUCCUCCCAAAGAGGAGAAGAAAGUAAAGAGCACUAAAGUGGAAGUAAAAGUUAAAAAGGAAGUGAAGGAUGCAAAAGGAGAAGCAAAGACGGCAGAGAAGGUCAAGCAGGCAGAGACAAAAACAGAAACUGGGCUAAUAAAGGCCAAAACGAAAGUUAAGGAGGAGAAAGCUCUUCAGACUGUAACUAAAUCGGACAAGAAAGAUCAAUAUGCAUUCUGUCGCUAUGUGAUUGACAUGUUUGCGCAAGGGGAUUUUUAUCCAGGACAUAAGGAAUUCGUGCCACCUCGUCUGCUCCUAGAACACAGUCCAAGAAAGAAACCAGGAGCUAUUGAAGAAGAAAAGUCUAUUAUGGUACCUAGAGAAGUGAAAAGGAGAAAAGAGGAGAAGAAAAAGAGUGAUGAAAAGAAGACUACAACUGAAACUAAGAUGAAAGAAAAAACAGGAAAGAAGGAGAAAGCUCAUGAGAAGACAGCUGUCCCUGAAAUUAAAAAAGCAGGGACUCACUGCCAUGAAAGGCACUAUAUAAGCUUACAGGGAUUUUUUCUUACAGAUAAAAAAGAAGCUGCUGUAUCCAAAGAACUCAAAAAGCCAGCGAAAGUUCCUGCAGCCAGCCCAGCCAUCAAAAAAGCAGCAGCACCAGAACCACAUAAAAAAGAAAAAAUGAUGGAAUCUGCAUCUAUGGAAACUCCAAAGUCAAAAGCAGGACUUGAAAAAAAAGAAGGAAAAGCAACAAAGGCAGCAGUGCAAGAUAAACCAAAGAUGAAACAAGGAAAUCCUGGAAAAGAGAAAGAGUUGAAAUCUCCAGCUGCCACAAAAGAUAAAGAACAUGCUAAAGAAAAGGAUGAAAAGAAUCCUACAUCUUUAAAACAAAAAGAUUCCCUGAAAGGAAAAAAUCCCAAGAAUCCAGAGAGCUUAAGAGAAAAAGAGACCAGUAAAAGAAAAGAUGUGAAGCCUCCAGCAGCCUUAAAGGAGAAAGACUCUUCAAAACGGAAAGAAAUUAAGACUUCAACUAAUCCUAAGGAUAAAGCUGCAGUGAAAAAGGAGGGGGAGAAGAAAGCUACCUCAGAGAACCCUCAUGAACACAAGCAUGAACGUGUUAAACGUGAAAAAUCUGUCUCUCAGACUAAACCAGAGGAGAAAAUGAAACAACAAAAAACAACUCCCACUGAGAAGUCAGCCCAGGCAAAGCCAGCAAAGCAUGAAGUAGUCAGACAUGAAAAAGAUGUUCCCUUUACAAAACCAGAGCCAACAGCUGAAAUCCCAACAUCAGCCACAAAAAAACCAAAGACAACUAAGGAAAAAGAAGAAAAAACAACUGAGAAGAAACAGCUGAAAGAUGAAAAAACUAAAGUAAAAGAAGAUCCACGACAUCAAAAUGUGACAUCAGCUCCUGUCCGCUUCUUUCAAUGUGUCUUCCUAAAUGGACCUAAUGGAUUUGGGCUGCAAUUUCCUAUUAAUCCCCCUUCAAACAAGGAAGAAAAGACUCACUCAAAGACUUCCAAGAGAAAGACAAGGAAACCGGGGCAGUAGAGAGACUGAGUCCUGUGAUCACUGACAUUUUGCACUUUAUCUUUUCUGCUGAGGUCCACAGUAGCUACAGUGGCACUUGUCAUUGCAAGAACGUGAUCCACUUGCACACAUGUACCUGGAAAAAGUUUCCAUGGGCAGCGGCAGAACAAGCAGAACAAUGAACUGUGUUUAACAAAGAUAGAAAUGUAAAAGUGUCCAGUUUCUCAUGGAAAGGCUGCAAUGCUAACAAAGCAUUGACAUGACUGUGUGUGUGAGCAUGUGCGUGUGUUUUCAUGCCUCUUUUGCUCUUGUUUUUAUUUACCUACAUGCUCAGCAUUGAAGUGAGUCUGUUUUCCAUUUAAUCUUAUCUAAGGAGUGAGAGGUUGAAUGUAGCUCUUAUAUCAGCAAGAUUUCAAGACUAGCUGCAAUCCUAAACCAUUUCUUCUUAACGUUCAAUCAAAUUGCUGACAGGAAAAUGCCUCACUAAGUCAUGAAAAUGUGCUCUGUGACUGGUGCUAUUUUUAUGUCUCAUUGACCAGUGUAGCCUGAAGCUCACACUUAGUCAGAGCAGCUCAAUACACUAUCAGUAAGUUGACUCCACAAGUCAUGUUAAUGAUGAAUAUUUCUAUUUAAUCAGAAACUGUAAAAGCAUGUACUAUUUGCCCUGCCCGUUGAUGAAAUACAAGCUCUUCUCUUCCUAAGGCCCAAAGUGAGAAGAGAAAGUGAAACCACAUGGCAAAGGUUAGGAAAACCACUAUUUUAUUGACAUGAAGGUCAGAAGAAGCAAAUGAAAUAAUUGUAGAGUUUCCACUUUUCUUCUGUGACUAAAUCAGAUUGUUUUGCAGCAAAAACCAUGUAAAUGGACAAUAUUCCAGCAAAAAAAUUUGCUAUUAGCUUAAGCCAGAUGAAAAGCUAGGAUGUGAGAUGCCAUUCACAAAACUAAAGCAAUCCAAAUUUCCAGUAAUUAUGUGAAUUUGAUGCUAUCUCAAAUCAGUGAACAACAGCAAAAACCAAAACCAAACCCAAAAAAACAAAGAAUCAGAAAAAAAAAUGAAACAUAAACACAUGAAAUUAUCUCAGUAUCUCAUUUUACUAGAUGAAAUGAAAGGACUUCUCACAGCACACUACUACAAAUGGCUUGCAGUAGAAGUGAAGGUAGACAUCCUUGUCCUCAACCUUCUUUUGUGCAUUUAUGUAGAAAUAAAGGAUUGGUUCCCCUAAAAAAGGAACAAGAUGGCAUUUGAUCAAUUUAAAGGCACAUGAAUGAAAAGUGACAUCUCACCAGUGUAUGUCUGGCAAUGUAAAUAAUGCAUUUUUGCAAGCUGCUAUUUGUUGGCAUUUCUUUACUGUAUUUUUGCAUUUAAUCUGGGAAAUAUACAGCAGUGACCUCAGUUAUGUAGUUGCCUGCUGAAGCAACAUGAUCCUCUGUGCACAAACCCACUACUUGUAGAGUCUGAACGCGCCAAAAACUAUACAUCACUUUUUUAUUUUUAAUAUAGACCAAGAUAGCAUUGGCCUCCCCCCUCUUACACUCUCUCUGCCCAUCCAUCUUACUUUAAUAAAACAAUUGACUCAUGUGAGUUUUGGACAGCUGAUUCUUUGACAGCUUAGUGCAAUUCAGAAAGCUUUGCUGUUACACUGCUGGGUCCAGAUGGUGUUCUCUAUUACUGGUCAUGGCCUCACAUGAACUGGAUCCUUGGUCUUAACGUGCUCUAAUGUUGCACAGGUCAUGUGCUGCAAAAGCUGUCAUUGCAACAAGCAGUUUAGGCAGUGGUGACCAGAAAGAAGUAGGAACAGGUCCUGCUUUAGAAGUAGCUAUUCCCAUGUAGAAUCACACUUUAGAUAUGAGUGUUCAUGGUGAAUGUCCCCACAGACCCCUGUGAAAUCUGCUCUGGAGAUAGCCCUACCAACAGAGAAUUUUUAAGGGUGGAAUAACAAUCUUCAAUUUUCUUUUGGUGUCUCUUUUUAUAUUUCCAGCAACUUUUUCCUUCCCAGUUUGUGGUUUUGUAUAUAUUAUGAUGGAUGUUAUUGGCCUAGGUUUUACUGUGAAAGCUGUCUUUAAAAUGAGAUUUUAACUUUCUGCAAAAUCAGUUAAUUCAAGAUUUUAUCUAAUGCAAAUAAUCAGGAUAAAAAAAAUUAUAUACUCUCAACCUUUUUUUUUGUCUUUUUUUUUGAUUUUUUUUUUUUUUGUUAUAGUUACCUUUAAUCCUUCUUUCCUGUCUGAGAUGGGCGAUGACAGGAAUUUAUUCUGGAUCUUAUUUCCAUAAUGUCUCAAUUAGAUAUGUUUUAAUGUUAGAUAUCUGAAAGCUUUGGAAAUAAAAACAAUUAAUAUAAUUGCAUAAGUGAUGUAAAAUCAAUCAUUUAAUUUUGUUCCUAAUCUUAGUCACUGCCUGGAAAAACAGGAAAAAUCGGUCCACUCUCAGAGAGGCAAGCGUUUUUCUCUUUAAAUUCACCUCAAAACUUAAAAAAAUUUCCUGGUUUGCAUGGCUUUACUAAAAUUAGCCUGAAAUAUUGCAAAAACUUAUGCUGAUUGUUAUACAUUUUGGAAAAUAAAAAAUAUAAACUCUGUUUCA